GGGCUGGGGCACUGCCUGCAGCCAGCCCGGGCACAGCCCAGAGGCACAGAGAGCUUCAAUCAGUCAGGGCUGGGAAGGUGCUGAGAAGUGCCUGGGGCAGAAUCACUGCCAGCCCUUGGCACAGGAACCUCUGGCUGCAGGACAAGGCAGCUGCAGCUCCUGCAGUGAUCUCCUCAAGCUGGAACAUCCCAAUGCCCACAGACCCUCCACUCUGCCCAUGGACAGCAGCAGCAUCACCUCUGCUGGAGCCAUCAGGCUCAGUCUGAGCUGUCCUUUCUCCAAGCUGCAAACAGAAGCUGCCCCCAGCCAGUGCCCUGCAAACAGGCAGGGUUCUGUCAGGCCAAGGAGAGUGCACAGAGAUCUGGGGUCUGUGAGUGCUGGCACGGAGAGGUCAGGAACAGGGAAACACCUGCAGGAGGAAAAUCUCCAGGAAGCAGAGAGAAGAUCAGGCAAGGAGAGAGAACAAAACCCAGAAGUGCUGUGGCAGGGAGAGUUUAGAGAUGUGCAGAGGAUCCCCUCCAGUGCAGCCCCUCCCUCUGCACAAGCCCCCUCCCUCCUGUGCCCCCAGCCAAGCCUCUGCCCUCAGGGCCGGGGCUCCAAGGCGUGCAGCCCCUCCUGUGCAGGCAGAGCUGCAGCAGAGCCGUGGGGCAGCUCUGCAGCCCCGGGCCCAGUUCCCUCUGCAGAGCACAGGGCUGGGAGCAGCUGCCCGGCACUGGGGGCUCUGGCAGGGGGCACAGCUGGCUCAGGGUGACACAGCUGUCCCCAGGGCCCGGCUCUGGGCAAUGCUGGCAGUGCAGCCAGGGAAGGAGCUGCAUCUCCCUUCAUCCAAUGCCAUCAGAAGGAUUCUUGGAAGUCUCCCUGAGAUUUCAGUCCAAGCUGGGAGCUCCAAUCCAGGAUGCAAACCUGUCCUAGAGCAUCUCUGAGUUAUAAGAUUGAUGGGGAAAGACAGAGGUGUUGUGACACUGAAAAUGUUGCUGGGUUGGUGAAAUGAGCAAUGUGAGUCCUUGGCUACAAAUGUGGAGCUGGGCUGUGGUGGAUCCAUCUGUUCUCAGCAGUACCUGGUGACAUUUUAGGGGAAGUAGGAGAAUGUGAUCACCCUCCACCUGAGAGAGGUUAAAGCCCCGAGAAAGUCUGAACAGGUCCCCCUGUGCAGCCACAGCAAAUGUCCAACAGCAGCUCCAUCAGCCACUUCCUCCUGCUGGCACUGGCAGAGACGCGGCAGCUGCAGCUCCUGCACUUCUGCCUCUUGCUGGGCAUCUCCCUGGCUGCCCUCCUGGGCAACGGCCUCAUCAUCAGCGCCGGAGCCUGCGGCCACCACCUGCACACGCCCAGGUUCUUCUUCCUGCUCAACCUGGCCCUCAGCCACCUGGGCUCCAUCUGCACCACUGUCCCCAAAGCCAUGCACAAUUCCCUCUGGGACACCAGCACCAUCUCCUACUCAGCAUGUGCUGCACAGCUUUUUUUCUUUCUGUUCUUCAUUGGAGCAGAGUAUUUCCUCCUGACCAUCAUGUCCUACGACUGCUUCAUGUCCAUCUGCAAACCCCUGCACUACGGGACCCUCCUGGGCAGCAGAGCUUGUGCCCACAUGGCAGCAGCUGCCUGGGCCACUGCCUUUCUCAAUGCUCUGCUGCUCAUGGCCAAUACAUUUUCCCUGCCCCUGUGCCAGGGCAAUGCCCUGGGCCAGUUCUUCUGUGAAAUCCCACACAUCCUCAAGCUCUCCUGUUCCAAAUCCUACCUCAGGGAACAUUGGGUUCUUGUGGUUACAGCCACUUUAUCCUUGUGUUGUUUUGUGUUCAUUGUUUUCUCCUAUGUGCAGAUCUUCAGGGCUGUGCUGAGGAUCCCCUCUCAGCAGGGACGGCACAAAGCCUUUUCCACCUGCCUCCCUCACCUGGCCGUGGUCUCUCUGUUCCUCAGCACUGCCAUGUUUGCUCACCUGAAGCCACCCUCCAUCUCCUCCCCAUCCCUGGAUCUGGCCCUGUCAGUUCUGUACUCGGUGGUGCCUCCAGCCCUGAACCCCCUCAUCUACAGCCUGAGGAACCAGGAGCUCAAGGCUGCAGUGUGGAGACUGAUGACUGGAUGCAUUCAGGAACAUUAAACUUCUGGGCAAUUCGCCAAAUCACUUCAAAUAAAAGUAAUCUUUGAUUCUU